AUGGCUGAUUUUGGCAGUCUACUGAGAACGUCAAAGGGACUCCUUGAAAACAGCACUCAAGAGGGCGAUGAAUUGCGCAUAGACGUCUAUGCAGACCCCAACAUUCCACACUCUCGCGAGGCAUGCGAGCUGCUCAUAUACCACAUCGUCAAAGGCUCUCUUCCCAGCACACCCAACAACGACCAGCAGGACUACUACUCCCUGUUGAUGACAGCCUGGCAGGUCGGCGAGUCAAACCACUCACCAGAAUUCCAGGAUGCGGUCAUGCUUUAG